CGCAAGCCUCUCGUGCCUUGCUCACCAUGCGCCUUCGUACAAGUCUUGAUCUCGUGAGACGCAUGUGCAUGCGCAAUACUUCUUGCAAAGAGGCAGUCGCUUGCAGCCUUUGUUCAGGACGCCAAAGCGACUAUCGCCGCUGAAAGCAUCAUGUCCGAAAACGGCUUGUUCGCGGCAUCUGCAACUGCGCAGUUUGGUAUAGGCGCAAAGAGGACAAUGUCGUGCGAAGAUCAGUGCAUUGAACACAAACGGACACUAUGCGUUUCCUCGCGUCUUUCGCUUUCGCGAGUGUCGCCUUAAGCGCGGCUGCAAAGGAGAUAGCUGCGCCAGGUUGGGACAAAUAUGCCGAAGAGCGCGGCUUUGCUGGUACAGAAGAUCCACGAGAGCUCGGCCACGGCGGGCUUGCGGCUCGCGAGGCGGAUGCAGAAGCAAUUGCGCAAUGGGAGAGCGCACACGGUGGCCAAGCAGGAGUCUACAAGCCGUAUGGUGGGCAUGACGUUCCAGCACACAUGGCCCGCCGCGAACCAUGGCAGAGUCAGGAUCAGUACAGCCAUGGCCAUCGCGCGCGCUCUAUACCAGCGCAGAACGGCCGCUACCAGGCGCGUGGAUCCAAUCAAGCCCAAGAUGAGGCGCAACCGCACGAGAUUUUCGGCGCGGAUCCUGCACACAUCGCUCGCGCUGUGAAGGACACGUGGGAUCUGUAUACCGGUAAAGCAGCAGACACGGUCAAGCACUUCGCCCGUGAGGCUGGGUUUGUCAAUCGGUACGGUACAGAAGAGGGGAGCGAGCACUUCGUACGCCGGGCUUUUGAACCAGUUAAGGAGGAUGAGAGGAUCUCUGUCGAUCGCUAUAACGACUACGCUGCUCCGGAAACCGAAGGCAAUGAACCAUCCGACGGCGAGGAGCAGGCUGAACACGCGACAUGGGACCAAGCGCAUAUCAUUGAGCACCAACGUCGCGAAGCCUCACAGUCUCACGACUUCCAUGCCGUUGACCGUCAAGGGCUCGGUGCCCGUCCAUACCAAGCUCGUGACGUUGAGGGUCGGCCAGCACAGCGGACGAGCUUCAGUAACCGCCUGCACGAAGCGCGGGAUCUCGGGGGUGGGUCGAGCGCAGGGCAGCGCGUGGGCUACAGCGUUCGUCCACGCCAGGCUCGCGAUGUAGAGAUCAAAGCUCAACAACGCAUGGGCGUCGGUGUCCGCCCGAUCCUUGCUCUUAAGAAUGAUGGGCCCCCGGGAUUUCCUACAGUUGGCAAGUCCGAAGAGCCAAAGAAGACUGGUGGGUGGGCUUUGUGGUAGGCGGCUUCGCAUAACGAAGGGUGCGUAGAAUGCGUUCGGCGUUAGAUA